CACAUUCUUCUCCGUAUCAUUCCUCCAUUUUCAGCUCUCGGUCCUGCUGUCUCAACUCUCAUAAACUUUCUUGGAUCUGCAACUCUCUGCUCAACUUGUUCCUCACACAAUCUCAUGACUCUAAUUUCUUCUCCUCUUAUUUAAAUCCCAACAAGAGCUCAACAUAUACAGAUAUUAUCGAGGAUGCGUUCGCCGAGCUCAUUGAAGCAAGAGUUUCUGAAGAAAUGGAUAUUGGGUCUCCAGGUAUGUAAUUCAUGGAAGAAUAUGAGCUUUUUGGAGAGAAAGAAGGCGAUAAAGUUAUCAGCAGACAUCGCCAUGGCGUCCGCCAGAAAUGGUAAAACUUGUUGGAGCCGUGCUCUCAUUGCUAAUGCCUCAAGAAACGGUAAUGGCAAAGUGUUUGUCGAGAAAAUUAUGGGUUCUGAUUUCGAGACGCUAAAGAAGACUUCAUUGAUGAGAAGGACGAGAUGCAGGAAGAUCUUGAAGAAGAGUUAUAGGACAAUUCGAAAAGCAAUGAAAAUAUUAAACAUUUUCCCCUCUUCGGUUGCGAAGAAGAUGAUUAAAAAGAGAACAGAAGUGUUGAAAAGUUUAGUUCCUGGUGGAGAAUUCUUGGAUGGAGUAUCGUUGAUCGAAGAAACCCUCGAUUAUACAUCAUCUCUUCGAGCUCAAAUAGAUGUAAUGAAGACUUUUGCAAACGUCACUGAGAUAGAAAAUCGGAGAAAAUGAUCAACACUGGUGAAGGAGUAGAUUGUAUCUUCUCUAUGUUAUUAUAAUUCCCUUUUACUUUCCUUUUUUUCUAUGUCCUUUUUUGCAAGAACAUAAAUAAAUAGAUUAUGAAGGAGAAACAAUCGAAGUUGCCUCUAGUUAAGGAGUGUACAGAUGAAUUUAUAUAUGUAAGCCAAUCUGUAUCAGUAUAAAUAUAUAUGCUUUUCAAAUAA